UUCUGCUAAUAGUCUUUGUGUGAAGGCGGGGAGCUGUUGGCUCGGCUAGUUUGCUGGUUAGCAACAAACAGAAGGUUACGAGUUUAAAAAUGUGGAUUUCUUGACCACUACGCGGGCUUUGCGGAAACGAUAGCGGGGCUAACUAUGUCGGGGUGCCUAACCGGAGCUUGUUGACUUGUUCUGGAGUGGAACUCAACGCUAUUUGGGACGUUUCGGUGCGUUCAGGGUGACAGCCUCGCUUUCGGGUCGUUAAGUGGCGAUGCUUAGCUGAUAGCUGCGUCAUCAUGUUGCUUCCGACUCGAGUUAACGAAAAGAAAUCCCAAGUUAACGCCAGAGGUGAGGCUGCCCGCCGUCAUCCCGCUCCGGAGGCCACUUGCGACCUUUGAACUCCAUGGAAGACGGACUGUCGGCGAGAGGUUGGCGGUGAACGGUGUUUACGUGGACGUUGUUGUGACUUUACAUCACUUGGCUCCGGAUAGUUGGCGCAAUUCCGCCGGCUCGAAUCAGCUUCACUUUGGAUGGACUGUCAAACGUUAUCAUGGAGGCGAAAAAUAACUGGAAAAGGUCGACAUUUUUGUUCCAGGCAGGAGUGUUACUAAGAUGUUGAGAUGUUUUAAAGUGAGAAGUGAUGCUCUCAUUGACAGCUACGAUAGAAAGCAGGCUGCUGGUUCUUAUCUUGCUUUCUUGAUGAUUUUUGAGACAUUGCACUAAAUGAUUUUUUAAUUUAGAUUUAAGGAGGUUUUGUUUGCUGUCACUAAACCCACGUGGAGUAAAAGUUCUGGGAUCCAGAAGCGACCAAAAGGGGUGUUUCUAUUUUAUUUUAUUUAUUUAUUUUCUCUGUCUAACGGGACACCAAACCGGUAAAAAUGUCCGGUGACUGUACCCACAUGAACGCUCACUUCCCCGCCGCAGAGAUAUUUAGCCUGUCCAAAGCCUGUCCGGAUGGAGACCGCGUUGUCAUGGAGCCCGUGGGGAGCUCGAGUGGGCGUGAAUCCCCCGCGCGCUUGUCGGCCAACUUUGAGGUGAUCGACGGGGUCGUGUACCGCAGGAAGCUGGAGAAGGGCUACAUCAACUACCGGGAGGUUCUGGGGGAUGACCGCAGACACGAGGCCAUCUCCACCUUCCACCAGCGGCGACCCGGACUGAGGCACCUCUCCCUGGAAGAAACCUACAAAUGUGUUGCGGACAACUACUGGUGGGAGGGAAUGUACUUCCAGAUCAGAGACUUUGUCCUCCGCUGUCCGCGGUGUCAGAGUCAGCACAGGAAGAAACUGGAGCAGCUGAAGGGCAGGAGAUGUGUGACAAAGAUGAUGGCCAGUCAUGGCACUGAUGUGCUGAGCAAGCUGAGGAGUCAGCGGGAGGCGGGUCUUUUCUGUGACAUCACCCUGCGGACUAACGGGCGCUCCUUCUCGGCCCACAGGGCCGUUCUGGCGGCCGUCAGCGACCACUUUCAGGAAAUAUUCACAGAAAUGGAUUCCAGCAAUAAAGCAGACAUCGAUCUCACUGGUUUCAACGAGGAUGGUCUCCUGUCUCUGCUGGACUUCUCCUACUCCUCCACUCUGUCCGUUCGUCAGGAGGACUUGCCGGAGGUGUGCGCCAUGGCUCGCCACCUGGGCAUGUGGCCCGCGGUGGAAGCCUGCUCCGCCCUCCUUAAAGAGCAGGAGCGGCAGCUCCAUCCGGGCAAAGCCUUCAUCUCCGCUUUGGGACUGGACAGCAUGAACGACGGCUUUAGUCUGACGCUGGACGCGUCCGACGAGUCGUUGCACGAAAGUCCCAAACGGAGUCUGCGCAGAAUGCCAAAAACAGCCGGCCACAACGGCCUUCCUCAGAGUCCCGUGCACAGGAUGAAGCUCAUGGACUUCAAAUCCCCCUCUUCGAAAAAGGCUGCUAUACCCCGUCACGGCUCCUCCCAGAGCUACUCCCCCAUUUCCCCAUCAAACACCCGUCUCCUCCGCUCCUCUCCCGGAGCUUCCAAGGAGGUUCAGAAGCUGCUGCCUGUCCCAGAGACCCCCCGGAGGAAGCGAAAGCCUCACCCCAUCACUCAGCUGUCACGCACAUCCAGGCUGAGACCCAACACUGCCUGUAGUCCUGUGAGAGUCAAGCAGGAAGGAGAGGAGGUGGGAGAGGAUGAGGAGGAUUAUGCAAGAGCGCAGGAGAAGUACAAGCUCAUGAACGUGCUGGGGCUGCAGCGGACCGCCCUCCUCCCCAGACCGGAGGACCUGAUCGGCUGGAGGCAAAAGAAACGACUUCGGAAGUUGAAGGCCAACAACUAUUCACUAACCAAGAGGCGGAAACCCCGGCUAGCCUCCCCAGUGUUGUCAUUCAGUGACAUUCCUCUAUCAAUCCCGCUCUGCAACCCGGUGAACACCAGACUCCUUAAAAAGUCUGUUAAGUCUAAGCCUGUGGGCUCCGUGGAGCAGAUAACUGCCAAGAGGAGGAAAAGUGUCCCGCCUUGUGUUCCUCCCUCAGACCGGAGCAUGCGGAGUAAAGGCGUGCUACCCGACCUGUUCCAGCGCUCUUCCUUUGGCGGGAGGGAGCUCAGACAAUCGGUGAGGAAGGGCGACGGGGGGCGCUCUCGAGCCCAGCAGCCUCUCCGACGGAAAGCCAAGCAGCCUCUGGUGAGAAACACUAUCCGGAUCAAAGCCGAGCCGGCCGAGUGCUCCAUCUCAAGCCUUAGACCCUCGCCACAACGUCACCUCGGAUACACGGCGAAGACGCGGGGCAAGACGCCGCCGGUGAGGGAAACUGUGAAAACGCUACGUUACAACAGCAGCCGGAUGGUCGCCAAAAGCAGACGAGGCCCCACAAAAGAGACGGUCAAGAUGAAGGUCAAGUCCAGAGAGAAGGCGGGACUCCAGGGCACAAAGGGCGCCGUGGGAGUGGCAGCAAAAGUAAAGGACGCUGAAGUGAACGGGCUCCAGUUUUCCCAACAUCUGCCCUACGGCCACCCCAUGUACAAAGCCAUUAAAGAGGAGCCGGCAGAGCCGGUGCCAGUGGUCGGGCCUUUCCCCGAUCCUCCCUCACCGGACCUGGGCAAACGCCAGAGCAAGCCCCCCAUCAAGCUGCUGGACUCUGGCUUUCUGUUCAGCUUCUGCCGCCCGACGGGGGGGCCCAUGUCGGCGCUGAAGAAGGAGGAGGAGAGCGUGGACAUUUGCCUAACGCGCUCAGUGUCGCAAGGCGGGCAGAAGUUCGAGGCGGAGGAGUCUCCACACCGGAAUCUGAGAGCCAGGAGGAGGCCUGUCCUGCCUGCGGUGAAGAGGGAGAGGGAGGAGAGGACGCUGACCCAAAGCCACCCUCGGAGACACCCCCCCAAAUCUCCAAAGACCCCCUUAAAUCUGGCCAACUGUUCCAGGUCGCAAUCUUCACGGACAAUGACAAAGCAGCAGUCUCGGCUCUUAGAAGUGGGUGGCCGGAGCUGCUCCAUGCUGGAUUCAGUUCGUCGAGCUCGCCUGAAGCAGCUUCGGGGGCCUCGCAGUCAAGCCCCCAAAGCUCCGAAGUCGGCCCACGCCUGUCUGCAGUGCUCAGCUGCCUACAAAGAUUGUGUUGCUCUAAUUAUGCAUCGCCUCAGGCACAUCGAAGGGAAGCACUGGCCGUGUCCGCUCUGCAGCAAGACGUUUUUCCGACUGAGAAAUGUUCGCAAUCACAUCCGCACCCAUGAACCCAAGCUGUAUAAAUGCCGCAGCUGCAUCGCUGCUGGUUCUUGAGGCGGCCGCUGGAGGACGGAUGCAGAGGUCGAAGGCCGCUGGCGUCUCACCACCAGAGAAAAGCCUGAAGGAUCAUGAUGGAUCUGCAGCUUCUACAAACCGUCACACAUGAAGCACAACGGUCCGUGGAGAGGCGGCUCUCCUCUCUGUCCCGGUCACAGCCGCUGGUUUAAUUUUAUAUCUUAAGUUAAAUACCAAACCAAAAUUGCUGUUCCUGUUUGCUUUUCAAUAAAUAACAAAAGGUUAAACUUGAACAUUUACACUCAGGGGCGGGGAAUGUGAUGCCGCGGCGUCCACAGAUUUUAGCGUCACAGUUGUGUACAGAAUCCGUUGUAAAGUGAUUGUUACAGCUGUCCCUGCUAUGUAUGGUUACCUUUAUUUUUCUAUGUAUAGGCGAUUGUCGAGUGCACUUAUUGUAGCUUGGUGUAAACCUAAGAGGCGGUGAUGAAACUGAAGGUUUUUGGGGGGUCGGACGGUGAAAUACUUGAAGUGAUGCAAGCGCUGGAGCCUUUCCUCUGAGUGUCUCAGUCAGUCUUUGUCCUUCGGUGUGUUAACUUCUAAACAACUAGUCCUUUUGUAUCGGUCUUACUACUCUCAGCCAGUCCAUGAGUUGGGGUUUGAACUUUACAGGGAGGGGGGCAGUACGGUGACGCCACUGCAUGCACAUUUGCAGAUCAUUUCUAGUCCACUGUUUUUCUAAGGCUGGCUGUUUUAAAAAGGGAAACGUGUUUGGUUUUAAUGUGAAUUUCUUAAAGUUAUUGACUGCAUAUUGACAGACGUUUUCCUUAAAACACCUUUGCUCUACUUAAAAAGUUCUACUGAGUAAAUGCAAUGUGCACAUACAGAGAUGUUUAUGUAUCUUGAAUUGAUUUUAGAAAUAAAUGAGCUGUCUCUUGCUAUCUGUUUAAAGAAAUAAAAUAAUUUUGCCUUUUA